AUGUCGGAUGAAAUCUCAGACGUUCUCACAAACCUUGCUCUCCCCAGUACAUCCGCAACCCUCACUCUUCGCAUCAUAAAGUCCUUUGAGUAUCGCACCGAGCGCAGUCUCGUGCUGCACAAUAUCAAUCUCGACACGACGACCGUCGGUCAAUUGAAGGAGAUUGCGCGUCAAGCUGUACAGAGAGAGCCUGGUUGGAAGGCGUAUCGGACCCUCGUUCUCGACACUAUCAAAGUCUACGCGAAAGCACAUGGCGCUAAGACCACAAAUUUAAUAAUCAAUCUUGACCACGAUGAGUGGAUUUUGACAGACGAGUCGAAAACUCUUACAGAAUGUGGCUUCGAGAACGAAACUGAAGCAAGUUUGUUCAAUCGCGAAGCUUACGAGACGUUCAAAGCGCAUCCGGAAACAAAGUGGGAAAGCUGA